GGCUUCUUCCUUGCUGCUUGUUGGUGUUGCUGCCGGAGGAGUGAACUGAAAGGAGGAAGGAGAUCAGGAGAGGAGAGUGUGUGGGAGUGCGAGACCGAGCCGUGUCAUCUUCCCUUGUUAUGGUGGCCAUGGCGGCAGCGGCGGCGCCGUACGCGCAGGUGAUGGAGGACAUGCGCAGGGGGCGGGACCUCGCCACGCAGCUGCAGGCGCUGCUGCGGGACUCGCCCGAGGCCGGCCGCCUCGUCGACCGGAUCCUCCACGCCAUGUCCCGCACCAUCGAGACGGCCAGGGCGGCCGCCGCGGCGGAGGAGGGCUCCGAGGGGCAGAGCGAGGUCACCUGCUCCGGCAGCGGCGCCGGCAAGAGGAAGGCCGCCGGAGGAGGCGGGGACAAGAGGGCCGCCUGCCGGAGGAGAGCCCACAAUUCAUCCACUGUUACGGUGACCAUCAAGGAUAUUGAGGAUGGGCACGCCUGGCGCAAGUACGGGCAGAAGGAGAUACAAAACUCCAAGCACCCAAAGGCCUACUUCCGGUGCACGCACAAGUACGACCAGCAGUGCGCGGCGCAGCGGCAGGUGCAGCGCUGCGACGACGACCCGGAUGCCUUCAGGGUCACCUACAUCGGCGUGCACACCUGCCGGGACCCCGCCGCCAUCGCGCCGGUCGUGCUCCACUCGUCCGACGAGCUCCACGCCGGCUCCCGCCUCAUCAGCUUCGCGCCCAACGCCAGCGCCACCACGGCCAGCACCACCACCACCGGGAACACCAGCCAGCAGGGCGACCACAAGGGCGCCGCGCUGCUGGCGGGGCUGCGGCCCCUGAAGCAGGAGGCCGGCGCCGGCGCCGGCGCCGGCGAGCAGGAGGAGGUGCUGAGCAGCCUGACCCCCGCGGGGAGCUCGGCGGCCGCGGAGGCGGCGCGGAACGCCGUCGCGACGCCCGGGCCGGACCAGGGGGACGUGACCUCCGGCCUGCAGCACUGCUACGGCGGUGGCUUCGCAGUCGCAGACAUGGCGCACCUCGACGAUGGAACGUUCGACCUCGACGACCUUGUUGGGUUCGGAUUCGAUCAGGGACAAGAUGAAUUCUGACAGAGGGAGCGAGCUGUGAUCGGAGAAGAUGAUGGACCGGAUCCGAUCGGCCUGUAUUAUAUGGAAAUAAUGGCUGCGCGGAUCGUGUUUAUUUAAUUAGCUGCAAUGCCUAGUUUAGUCUGUACAUGGUAUCUACAUUCUAAUGUUAAGAAUUAGCUGCUGUUUUGCUUGCUGCAGGUCGUGUAGAUUAUGUUAGUAAUUAGGUACUAGGAGCACAGGGCUUGCAUUGGCCUUGUCUGAGAAUCAGCGAAAUGUGUUGCUACAAGUUUUUUUUGGCUUCAGCUGUCAGCGUCACUUCAGCAAA